AUGUUACGAAAUUUCAAAUUUGUACUUACUGUUAUAAAUAACACGACACUGAUAGAAAUAAAGAAAUUAACAUUAUAUAAUAUUACUGAAUCAAUUGACAAAUCUAAAAGAAAACAUUUUGGUAACAGGUUUUUAAAAUUUAAACAUAAUGCUUGGGAUAAUGUGGAAUUGAAUGAAGAACAAGAAAUACAAGCUAUGUCGCAAGUAUCUGCGCAUGUUAAAACAAAAAUGCCUUCAGAAAAAACUGUUGAUUUAAAAGAUAAUGUUGGUGAAUAUUGGAAUGAGUUUUAUUCUGUCCACCAAGAAAAGUUUUUUAAUAACAGAUGGUGGUUAUUUACUGAACUUUUAGAAAUAACUCCACUUCAAAAUGAAAAGCCAAGAGCUAUAUUAGAAGUGGGACGUGGAGUUGGAAAUUCAGUCUUUCCUAUAUCACACUGUGCAGAGAGCAAUAUACAUGUUUACUGUUGUGAUUUUUCUUCAAAUGCCAUAAAAAUCCUAAAAAAAAAUUCAGAAUAUAACAAAGAACAUUGUACAGCAUUUUUAUGUGAUAUAACUAAUGAUGAAUGGAAUGCUCCAUUUGCUUUGGAGAAUUUGGAUGUUAUAGUAUUGGUGUUUGUUCUUUCUGCUAUGCAACCUGAAAAGUGUGAUAUAAUAUAUAUAUUUUAUAAGUACUUGAAACCAGGAGGUAUGGUAUUGUUUCGCGAUUAUGGAGACAUGGCACAGCUAACAUUUAAAAAAGGGAGGUGCAUAUCAGAAAAUUACUAUAGUAGAGGUGAUGAAACAUUGAUAUACUUUUUUACUCAAGACGAUGUUCAGCAAUUUUUCCUAGAAGCAGGCUUUGAACAAGUUCAAAAUAUUGUUAAUAUUGUUUAUCGUCGUAUGCAAGUAAAUAGAGGUAAACAGUUAAAAAUGUAUCGUGUUUGGAUUCAAUGUAAAUAUAAGAAAUCA